AUGACGGAGCUGCUUAUAGCGAGUAACGCCGUGCGCACCGUGGAUCCGUACGAGGCGUCGCUCUUCUUCGUGCCGUUCUUCUCGGCGCGACUCACGCUGUACCAUUUCAAGGACUGGGAGAACAACAUGCGCGGCGCCGUGGAGGAGGCAUCCAAGGUGUGGACAGAAAUCCUCACAACAGUGCGCCGGAACUACCCCUUCUUCAACCGCACCAACGGCCGAGAUCACUUCAGCAUCCUCACGCUCGAUCACGGCCGUUGCCACUCGCUCACGUUCGUGGACCCGGGCCUCGUGGGCGAGAUGUUCUUUGUGACUUAUAACGGGGACAAACUCGUUAGGAGUGUACACGCAAGCAAGGAGCGCAACAUGCAGGCCAUAACAUACAACUACAAGAUCCCAGUGGACCCAUCACUACCAGACAUCCCCUGCUACCUGCCCGAUCGAGACAUUGUCGUGCCCGUGCUUGUUGCCAAGGGGCUGCCACUGGUGGCGCCGUGGGAGGGUGAGAGGGAUCGCGCUGUGCUGUUCCGGUUUGGAGCAGGGCAGCACCAUGGCGUGCCGAUAUGGCAUCACGGGCACCAGAUUCGGAAAGAGUUGCUGGAGCUGUACACGCAUGCAGGGUACGAGGGGUGGGACUUUGCAGAGAAGGGCGAGGGGGACACGGAUCCUGACUGGCGGAGGGCUGUCUUCUGCAUCUGCCCGCCCGGCCACUCCCAGUGGACCAGCCGCCCCUUCAAGGCGCUCAUCUCGGGGUGCAUCCCAGUGACGUUCUUCCGAGGCCACGACAACCCCUGGGAUGAUGAGCUGGACUACUCGACAGUCUCGGUCAACAUUGACCCUGAUGAGCUGCACACUCUCAAAGAGCGGUUGGAUGCGGUUCCAGUGAAGAAGCUACAGCGGAACAUUGAGCGAAUUCAGGAGGCUUAUCGGUGGACAGGGGUGUACAAUAAAGGAGCAGAGGCCAUGCUUAUAAAGAGGCUGAGGCAACGAGGGCACCAGCUUCAAGCAGUGGAGCAGCGGAGAUUACGGGCGUUGCAAUGA